AUGGAGUCAACCCCUCAAGGGGACACUUAUCCCCUUUUCCACACACAAUCUCAGAGCUGUGUGGCCAUGCCCCUCCAGUUCAUUGUGGUGAUUAGUCUUGCCCGUGCAUGGUGUUGCCCCGGCGUGUUGGAAUCCUCGGAGAGCAGCCGCUGGCCUUAUUCGCUGGCUGUGACCCCAUGGCCGAGCUGGUCACCAGGCCAGGGACAGGCGGGCGGGCUCGCCGGGGCUGAUGUCCAGAGAGGUAGCUGGGCGGGUUGUGAAGGGCACCCUUCCAGCCGCCCAGGCUACUUCAGGAAGGUCGGCAUGCACCAUUACCAUCUGAAGAGGAACCAGAGCUUCUGCCCAACUGUCAGCCUGGAUAAGCUGUGGACCCUGGUCAGCCUGGUCAGUGAGCAGACGCAGGUCAACGCCACCAAGAACACAGCCAGGGCCGCCCCCAUCAUCGACGUGGUGCGGUCAGGCUACUACAAAGUCCUGGGGAAGGGCAAGCUCAGGAAGCAGCCUGUCAUCGUGAAGGCCAAAUUCUUCACUAGAAGAGCUGAGGAGAAGAUCAAAGGUGUUGGCGGAGCCUGUGUUCUGGUGGCUUAAAACCAUGUGGGAAGGUUCAUUAAACACCAUGAAUGUGAAAGAAAAAAAAAGAAAGAAAGAAAGAAAAGAAAAGGAGAGAUACAGAGAGAUACUUGCAACACUUACUUCACCACUUGCAAAGCUUUUUCCCAGCUCAAAUUCAGGUCACGUGCAUUGUUAACAUGUGCACUCAACCAAGUGCACCACCAACGUCCCUCCCCCUUUCUGUCUUUCACCCCAGAUGUCCUGUUAGGCUUUAUUUCCUCUACCUCUACGAGUGCCUAGGCUUCAGUUGGAAUAUACAGCUACCUAAGCCACCUGAUUAAAGGAGAAGUCAGAAGGAGCAAGUUCCUUCUUUGGAAAUGCUCCUUCAGUGAUCCCAGAUGGAGUACCACAGAUAAACAGGGAUGUGAUGAUAAGAGGGAGAAGCAAGACCAGGAUAAUGGCUCACAGUUGAUCUAGUCAAUCUUUAUUUGAACCUCAUCAGCAAUUUAAAAUGAUGACAGAUCAUUAGAUCUCAAUAUUAAGAUGCUGAUUCAGGAGGUCUGAGGGAACACACAAGGGAGAUUUGUUUAUUUGUUCUAAUUCUCCAGGAUCUGUGAUGCUCAUCCAGGUUUGAGAACCACUGUGGCUUAUCUUACCACAGAUGCUAUGGUGACGGCUGUGAGAUUUCCUGGAAUGGGUGCUAACAGCCAGUGAUAGCUUCCCUUUCCUUUAUCUAGCCAGCUUUCUUCCAUGUCCUAUCCUAGAUCAAAUCCUGUGUUUAGUUCUAGAGAUAAAAUCAUAAAAAUAAAUCAAAGUCUAUGCCUGGAGGACUUUAUAACCUAGAAGAGAACACCAGAUUUCAGUGUAUGGUUGGGCCUGAGGUGCGCUAGAAAACUCUAGCCAGUGAAGGGAGGGGGUGCUCCCAUUACCCUCAUCAUGAAUUCAUAUGUCUACUGUGGCACUUUCCCAUCAGAUGACAAAAGGGGGUUUUGAAGGGAAAUUCACGCAGGGUUACUAUCCAGCCUGGCUGCAAUCUGGGUGAUAGCCAUUUCCACCGAUGGUUAUGGUAUAAUAUGGUGAGAGUAUGGUGGAUGCAUGGUAUUCCCACCGUGAACACAGAGCAGAAUCCCUGAACUCACAUGAGUAUCCAGAAGGCUUGCUUCCUUGAAGAAGGGAGUGAAUUUCUGAAAGACAGAAAGGACUGAACUGAGCAAUUAAGAGUCUAUAGGCUGCAGCAGGCAGAAAUAAUGACAAAGCAAAGGGAAAAGAAGGAACUGAUCUAGGUCACUGCACUUAACUCGAACAUUAUAAAGUGAAACUACUAAGAAAAAGGCUACGGGUGGUCCGGGAGGUGCAGUGGAUAAAGCACUUGACUCCCAAGCGUAAGGUCCUAAGUUCAAGCCGUGGCAGCACAUGUACCAGAGUGAUGUCUGGUUCUUUCUUUCUCUCUCUCUCUCUCUCUUCCUAUCUUUCUCAAAAAUAAAUAAAUAAAAUCUUAAAAAAAAAAAAAAAAAGGCCAUGGAUGAGGCUGGCAGAGGGAAGAAGGGCCUCAUACAUGCAGUGCUUAGGCCCUUAUACUUGAUUUAUUUUUAUUUUAUUUUAUUUUUUUGCCUCCAGGGUUAUUGCUGGGGCUCAGUGUCUGCACCAUGAAUCCACUGCUCCUGGAGGCCAUCCCCCCCUUUUGUAGCCCUUGCUGUUGUAGCCUUAUUGUGGUUAUUAUUGUUGUUGUUGAUGUCGUUCGUGGUUGGCUAGGACAGAGAGAAAUGGAGAGAGGAGGGGAAGACGGGGAGAGAAAGACAGACACCCGCAGACCUGCUUCACCGCCUGUGAAGUGACUCCCCUGCAGGUGGGGAGCUGGGGGCUGGAACCGGGAUCCUUAUGCCGGUCUUUGCGCUUUGCGCCACGUGCGCUUAACCUGCUGCGCUACCGACCAACCCCCUUAUUAUUUUUAUAUAUAUUUAUUUAUUUUUCCUUUUGUUGCCCUUGCUGUUUUUCAUUGUUGUUGUAGUAGUUAUUAUUGUUGUUAUUGAUGUCAUCGUUGUGAGAUAGGACAGAGAGAAAUGGAGAGAGGAAGGGAAGACAGGGAGAAAGAAAGACACUUGCAGACCUGCUUCACCGCCUGUGCAGGUGGGGAGCCUGAGGCUCCAACCAGGAUCCUUACGCUGGUACUUGCACUUUGUGCCAAGUGCUCUAAACCCGCUGGGCUACCACCAGACUCCCUUGAAUUUUUUUUUACAGUGUUGUGAGCCAUUAAUCACUUCCUGACAGUACCAUUAUAUGCAAAUAUAUAUAUGCACACACAGAGAUGAAAUUGCUCACAACCCAGUGAACUGAACAAGUAUGAGUAUUUUGGUGUUUUUCAUGCAUGUGUGUUUUCACCAUUGAUAGCUUUUCAAUGAAGAAAUAACAAAAUCAGAUAUUCCUUUCGGAAAGAUCACUUUAGCUCAGUGGUUCUCAACCAAGUGCAGCUGUUCCCCUGACAUUUGGUGGUGUCUGCAGGUGCUUCACACCUGAAGGGAGUGCAACUGGCAUCUACGGGGUAGAGACUAGAGGUAUUGCUGAGCGUCCUGUAGUGCGCAUUGCAGACCAUCUCGUAGAAGAAGUACCGUCAGUGCUGAGACUGAGAAACUAUUUUGGCUAUUGUAGAAAGAGUAGCCGUGAGAGACCUGGUAUGAGAGAGGAGAAUGCUUCACUCUGAUUUAGGGAGCCAGGCAGAUUAUAGUGAAGGAUACAGGAGGAUUAGCAAAAGUAAUGAAGAUAAUCAGGAACACAACUGAGCUGGAGAGAUAGUUCACUAAGUAGGGAGCAUGCCUAGUCAUGUGUGAGGCCCACUUUUGAACCCCGCCCGGCACCACAUGAGAGGUGUUAUUGCACUAGAGGAAGCUCUGGUGCAGUGAUGUCUCUCUUUUCCUCUGUCUCUUUCUCUAUCUAGAUAAAAGAGUGGCCAAAGUAGUGAAAUCAUGCAUGCAUGAGAUCAUAAUACACACAUGACAGAGAGAGAGAGAGAACACAUCUGAUAGAACAUAUUCUUUGCAUGUGUGAGGCCUUAGAUAUGAUCCCUAGCACUAAAAGGAAAAUAAAAGAACAUGUUCUCAUUUAUCCAGGAAACACUGCUUCAGGAAUGCCACGUACAGCACUAUGCACACAACAUGCAGUCUUUGGCUUCACAGGCUUUAGUCUUGUGAGGGCAACAAAAAAGGAGAUAAACACAGAGCUGUGCUAAGAUGCAGAUGCUCUACCAUCUUACCAUCUCAACCUCAUCCAUGCUCUAGGGACAUGGGUGAAGUUGGGUAUCUUUUUUUUUUUUUUAUUUCUUUAUUGGGGGAUUGAUGUUUCACAGUUGACAGUAAAUACAAUAGUUUGUACAUGCAUAACAUUCCCCAGUUUUCCAUAUAACAAUACAACCCCCACUAGGUCUUCUGUCAUCCUUCUUUGACCUGUAUUCUCUCCACCCACCCACCCACCCCAGAGUCUUUUACUUUGGUGCAAUAUGCCAAUUCCAGUUGAGGUUCUACUUGUGUUUUCUCUUCUGAUCUUGUUUUUCAACUUCUGCCUGAGAGUGAGAU